AUGUUUCGAUUUCAGGUGAGUAAAACACCUUCAAAAUCCCGGGUAACACCUUCCUGAAUUUGAUAAUAUGCGCUACAGCGAGAAGCGGGUGAAAUUCUGAGCUGUGUGUGAUUUUAGUAGAGAGUGUCUGCCAUUGUUUAUGCGAUUGCCACAGUCAGAGCGGUCUGCGGCCUGUGAGCAGCCCAGUGUCCUGCUGACAUGAGCCGGGGCUGAGGUGAGCUGCAGCCCGCUGGUGAUCAGAAUCAGCGUGCUGGUAGAUAAAUCCCUCGCACAUAAAAACCCGAUUUGUGAUGGUUAUAAAACCCGUCCUGACAUGGUUUUAGUGUCCAGCACCAGAGCAGUAGUUUUCCAUCGACGUGGGUCCUGCAUGAUGUAACUAACGUCAGCGUUAGCAUUGUUGCUAACAGGUUAUGCUGUUUGGUUCUGUGUGCCAAAGGCACCUGGUGAAAAACGAAGUUUGGGUUUCAGUUAUUUCCCGCUGAUGUGGAUCGGUGUUUCAGAAUUUUGUCUGAAAAAAAGGCUGUUUUUACAGAUGAUUAGAUGCUAAAGGCUGGUCUUACUUAUCAGCUACACUGUAAGACACCAUGCUGUGCUGCCUGUGACUAAGCUAACCAAAGUAUUUACCGCUAAUUUGUGCUGAUCAAACUGGGUUUGGAUCAACAAGAGUUCACACCCAAUUCACGUGGUUAUCUUUGAGUCUAGAGAAGUCCACACUCUUUGUAAAACCCUCGACGUUUCUAUUUAAUAGUGAUAUAACCAGACAGUCUAAAGACGCACAACGUGGAGCUAAUAUCGACCAAGAAUGACCUCCUGACGGCCAAACACUGAUUUAAAAAAACAACUCAGAAGAAAAUGUCUGGUACUUAAAGAGAUAUUCCGGCGUGAAAUGAAGCCCCUUGAGAGCUGAAUGUUGCCGACUGCUUGCUUCUCUAGUUUUACCAAUUUUAGUAACGACCGCACGAUAGCAAUACACGGUUGUCUAGGUCUCCACGCGCAAACCUCAAUCAAAACGCCACUCUAUAGCCACAAAUAAUGCUCAAAACAGCACCUAACUUCAUCAACAGUACAUAUAGGGUCCCAGAUAAUCACCAUAUUCAUCAUUUUGCACUGCAAACUCUGUAGUUCGUCUACCUUUGCGUCUCAGUCUGAUUGCAUUUCCCUGAAGUAAUGAUCAUAAAUGUUCUUCCUUGAGCUGCGAAACUCUGCUGCAGUCUGUAAUGGACUGGCCUGGGGUUUUGCUACAAAAAAGCAGCUGCUGGAAGAGAGUAGUUGAGUUGUGUUUAGUCUCUUUGCGAAUGAAAUCAGUCAAAGCUAAAAAGAUGUUUGGCGGCUGGUACUAUGACUGGGACCCUAUAUGUCCUGUUGAUGAAGUUAGGUGCUCUUCUGAGCAUUAUUUGUGGCGUUUUGGUUGAGGUUUGUGCAUGGAGACGUAGACAGCUGUGUAUUGCUAUCAUGCGGGCAUUACUAAAGUUGGUAUAACUACAGAAGCAAGCGGUCGGCAACAUUCAUCUCUUGAGGGGGUGUCUAACUUGGUGUUACAGUGUGUUUGAACCUAAAUUAGUUUUACGUCGAAAUAUCCCUUUAAAUUCACACCUUUAAUUGCAUGGGAGGAUUUGCAUUGAUUUUUUUCAUGAAGUUAUAUCAUUUUGCAGUCUUUUAUUAGUCUUCAUUGGACAAAGGUUUUUGAGAAUGAAUCGUUUAUGAUCGAAUCAUUCAGCUGCAAAGAUGUGUGAUUUGACAAGCAGAGUUUGCAGUGUGUCUUUAGAGACUGUGUAUAUUUGGUCGGUAGUUACCAAAAACCUUGACUUAUAUGCAUGUUUUAUUUCCAAUCUUGACAAAAAAGAUUGAUGCUUUUCAGAUAACUUGAAUUUUAUGUUUCAUUUAAACAAUGCAAAGAUAUCUCAAGUCGCGACACUGCUGCCUUCAGUGAUAUGAUUUGUUCAUUUUUUAAAAUCAGCCUCAUGUGCAGUAUCGACCGCUGCCAUCGGAUUAUUUUGAGAUUCCAGAAAUCGCCUUCAUUAAUCGGCCUUUCUGUUGUUAAAAUUGAACCAUGCUAAGAGAAAACCAUAUAGGAACACAAUUUAUUCAAAAAUACUGGAGACUUCUCUGGGCUUGAGUUGAUUACAGAUGGAAAGUUAAAAACCAAACACCUGUGAUGAUCCGGUAAUGCACAAAUGCCCACAUGCCAUGUGUAGAUCACACAUCUGAGAAGCUUCCACUAAUACUGAACAAUACCUACAUGUUUUGGAGCAGCAAAUAUCUCCACCCAGAAAAUGACUGUUUCAUAGGAAAACUUGCAUAUUUCAGUAAGACGAUGCCAAACACAUUCGGCAAAUAUAUAACUGCAUGAUGCUGCAGUUUAGAGUCAAAUACUAAACUGGCCUGCCUGCAGUCCUGACGUAUCGCCCACUGAGAACAAAAUGAAGAAAAAUCAUUAAAGGAAAAUAUGGUGUUUUAAGGUGUAUCAAGCAUUUGUGAAUAAGGUCGCUGUAUGAAAUACUUUAUAUUGUUCUCUGUAGGUGAUAUUUUUUUGCUACUACGAUAUUUUUCCUUGUUUUUCGUUGUCUAUCUGUUUUUAUGUGUAUAGUUUAAUUAGUAUUUGUUUCUGCUUGAUGUUCAUUUUUUGUGGACUUUGUAUCCCACUAUUAUGAUUUAAUUCAAUUAAUAAAAAUAAAGAAGUGGAUUUAAAAAAAGGAAAAUAGGACUAAAACGACCUGAACUGUUGGGCAGCUGAAAUCCCAAAUCAGACAAGAAUGGGACCACAUUUCACCAUCAGAGCUUUAACAAACAGUCAAACAUAUCAUGCUGUUGUGGGAUCAGUGUGAAGGUAGAAACUAUAGAGGUGUGUUCUGGUGCGUUUGCAGAUUAGUUAUUCAUUAGUGGCGGUUAUUUCCUCUUCCUCUUUCUACCUUCCAGUGUUUCUCCUUAGACGUUUUUUUUUUCUUCUUCUCUCCACUCCCUCUAACCCCGUCACUUUAUUUUCCAAAACCCUGAUUCAGGUAACUUUUCUUGUUACCUCUCAACCCUCAUCUCUUUUGGUCCUUGUCUGUUUGUGUCGUCACAGUCCCUGGAUGAAGACUGUACAUUGGAGGAGGAAGAUGAGGGACUGAUUGAGGAGGAGGAUGAAAUCGAUCAGUUCAAUGAUGACACCUUUGGGGCUGGUGCCAUCGGUAAGCUGUGUGCAAAUUUAGCUUUAAGUGUGUUUUAAAGGAAGUUUGAAAAAAGACAAUUUAGAGGAACACAUAUCUUAAAAAGUAAUCUUCUUGAUAGAUUAAAUGAAGGAUGUAAAAACAAGAUCUAUCUCUUUAAUCAGGAGUAAGUUUGCUGUAGAAAUGAUCAAAACAAAAACUCUGUUUCAGAUGACGACUGGCAGGAGGAACACAAACGCCUCGCCGAGCUCGAUGAGAGGGAUGGGCUCGGAGCAGGGCUGGGGUUCGGAGGAGGCGGGAUGGGAGGAGAACCCGAUUUAGGAGGAGCUGGGGACUCUUCCUCUGCCCGUCUCCCGCCUACUGCCAGCCACCUCCCUCUUCCAUCGUCCCUCCCUCCACUCAAGUUCUCCUCGUCCUCCCCUGGACUCCCUCAGCCAGGUCAGUGAUGACAUGAAAGGAUGCUUAUCAUAGGGCUGGGCGAUACGGCCUCAAAUCAAUAUUAGGAUAUACAGUUCACCUCAAUAACUAUAAAUGGACGAUAACCACUCCACAAGCUGCUCAACCCCUCCCACAUUAUGGUACUGGAUGGGGUGGAGUCACGUCUCUGAUGAAGGACAGCAUCGUAAAGGGACAUGAGGCUAUAGCCUACCUACACACAUCCAAAACCAACUAGGAGUUAUUUAUUUUUUGACACCAAAUAUACCAAUAUGGCAAAAUGACGUCAGUUAUUGUCGUAAAUUUUAGUAUCGGUAAAUUUUUGGAUUAUCGCCCAGCCCUAGCUGCUCACAUCAGUUUUUUACUUUGUUAAUUUGAUAGUAAUUGCUUAAAGAAAACAAAGACAGUAAUGCAACAGCUGUUCAUGAAAAAUCAAAACCUCUUACUCUACUCUUAAUUCAAUCAUUCUUCAGGCUCUUGCAUCAACAAUAACUCUCAUUCCUCUUUUGGGAACUCCCCCACACUCUUUUGUUUCAGAUGUGGAGGAUCGAGCAGGCGGAGGCGGUCUGGCUGAGUCUUUGGCCAGGCUCAUCCUGGAUGCAGAUCCGGCCAUCGCUGGGGUCGGGGCGGCUGAGAGACCCGGUCCAUCCCCCAGCUCUUCAGGAUCCAGCUUGUCCGCUCUGCAGGGGCUGGACCGAUCCAGAGUCCUGCCUCAGCCUUCCUCUAUCCCACACCAGCAUCCCCAUCACCCCCAGCACCAGCUGCCUCCCGGGCCCUCCACGUCAGGUAAGAAGGAAUUCAAAAGACCACCUGAACUUUUCGUCUGUUAUCAGCUCCAGGGUCAAACACAGUAACACAGAGUGAGACACCCCCUCGAGAGAUUGAUGUUGCCAACUGCUUCCUUCUCUAGUUAUACCAACUUUAGUAACGAAGCUACUAUUAUAAAAAAGAUGUAUCCACCACCAACAACAGUUUUACGCGCGCAACUGUAUCAAAAGUUUGUCUGCCCAGAAUAAGGCGAUGUUUUAUUUGGAAAAUGCCUCUAGUUACAGGAGCGUAUUUUUCAGAUAUUUUUAUCAACAUAUUUCAGCUCUUCUCUGUGAAUUGUCACUUUUACUAACCUUAAUUUCUCUGCUCUGCUCCAGGCCUUCCUCCCGGUCCUCCUCCCUCGUCCAUGCUCAGUUACCAGCAGCAGCAGCAGCAGCACCUGCUGCGCAGAGGGCCAGCUCCUAUGGGCCAGGUAAGAUUUUUAAGUUUUACAGUGUCUUCGUGAGUGCACAAGCUAUGAGUCGUGAAAUAGGACUUUUAAGUGAACGUGUGGUCUGAUUAUCUCUCUAGAUUUUUUAUUGUUCUGUGUCUUUGUGGCUGUUUAUCAAUCAGAAUGCGAUGAUAUGAUAACAGUAUUUCAGAUUGUUGAUGUUUAUGUGACUAAACACCUGGAACACGAUAGUAAGAGAUGAUAACGUUAUCUGAGCGUCUCUCCCUGAGUGUCACACAGACAGAAAGAUAUUUGCUGUAGGAAUGAGGUCUAGUGAGGAAUCAGUGUGUUUACUGUUCACUUCGGAGGGUCAGUGUAGAUUUUUUUUUUCCUCUCAUGGUAGAAUAAAGAAAGCUUUUUUAAAAAAACAUGUUUUUACUUAAUCUGUGCAACAUCUUUUUGAUUUCUGGGCCCUUUAUUAAAACGUUUCCCUCUUCUCUGUUCAUUAUAUCACCUCUUCAGAUGAACUCUCACAGUAUUUGGGAGAACAGCAUGGGUUUCGGGCCUGUCAGUGUCGCCCCUGGACUCGUCACACACAUGGAGGUAAGGGACUCUCUCUUUUCUGUCUGUGGUUUCUUUCAGUUAAAUGGUCUGGUGCGGUUCAGCUCAGUUUGGUCCAGUUCAGUAAACCCUGAUCCUCUUGGGCACACUGUGAAGGAAGCCUCAUGAAAACGAUAAAAUGGUUUAAUUUUAGGUUUGGUGUGUGUGUUUACGGAUUAGUCGAUUGAGCAUGAGCGCCACAUUUCACACACUGAGAAUCCAAAAAAAGAAACGUCUACCCGAGUAUUUUCUGUAUGCAGACGUCCAAAACCGACAGAAAUACGAUCUUCUGAGGCUUUUUACUUCUAGAACGCUUUUCAUUCUUUUUCCCGUGGCGAGACUCCGCUUGUUUUUACGCUUUGAGUCUUAUUCAUAAAAUGUCAGCAAAUUAGUGUGUAGAUUUACACAUAAAAGUCUUUGGUACCAAAAAUUAAACAAGAUUCAUGAAUGUAAAAAAAAAAAAAAAAAAUGGUAUCCAGGGCUCGAUUGUGCGACUGUUUCACUUGCAUGUGCGAAUUGUAAACUGUAUUUAGGGGCACAUGUGCGCAUACAAAAAAAAUGUGUAACGGAUGUUAAUUUUGCUCGCCUCGUCUUUAUCCUCUCUCGUUUCCCUCUCCUCUCAGGAUAGUCCGCUCAUGUCCAUUAUCAAGGAGGUGGGGCUUCCUAAACGACCCCCUCAGGGGAGAAAUGAUGAGGGACGGGAUUUGUCGGAAAGAGUCCCGCCUCCACGCUCGUCUUCUCCUGUGAUUGGCUCCCCUCCCGUGAGGGCGGUGCCUAUCGGGACGCCACCCAAACAGCCGAUGAGCCACGGACUGAACCACCAGGUAAAUAUUACACGAGUUUUUUUAUUCUUUUAUCUUUAACUUAAAGUCCAAAAAAAUCACUUCCUCUCAGGAAAGGUUUGUGUGGCUCUUACCGACGUCACGAUUCUGCUCUGUAAGAACUACAAUUUCCCACAGAUGGACUCCAAAAAAAAACAAGUGUGCUCCUACCGUGUUGAUUCAUGUAGCCACAUAAAGUGAAAAUUGGAGACAUGUUUUGUCAGGUUAAGAGGCAGAGCUGCUGAGACAGUCUGAAGGUCUCAGAAAACAUUUGUAAGCUUUCAUAUUUCUAGAGUUAAAGCUCUUUUAAGUGUGUAAAUGUCCUGUUUUAAGUUCUUUUUUAUUCCUACAAGCUCAAAGUUGUUUGUUCGCUUCUCUUAUUAUUAGUCAUCAAAGGAUGACAGCAAAGCACCAAAGAUAUAUUUUUUUUAUUAUAAGCAUCAGCGUUCAUUAAUUGAUGCUGAAUCGUCACGUGAAGAAUCGCGAUGCAUCGACACAGCGAUGAAUCCGACCCUUCUCUACUGUAUGUGUGUGUUUGUGUGUGUUUGUGUAGAUCCACCACCCUACAGCGGUUCAUGUGAGAGCCCCGGUCCAGCACAGAUAUCCUCCUCCUUUCCCUGAGCGCCUCUCACCCAACACCCUCCUCAAUAUAGCAGUGAGUUUCUCCUAGUGAGAGAGUAAAUGUGUCAAAGUGAUUUACAAAGAGCUUCAGGUUUUUAUGAAUGUUCGGUGUUUUUGUUUCAGAACUCCCCGCUUUGUCGCGGUCCGUUCCCGCCCGGAGUCGGUCCUGUCCUGUCUCAGAUUCAGCGGGCUCAGCUGCUCAACUCUCAGGUAGAUACAAGUAAAGAGUUGCCGACAACCUCACAGUAUUUUAAAGAAAGAGCUCCUCCCUCUGACUCUUUUUUUCUCUCCCUGCAGGUGGCUGGGUUUCCUCGCGGUGGUCCAGCUCCUCCGUUGCUACCUGGCGGUGGCGGUUUCAGGCCGUUCUUCGGACCCCCUCCUCCACACGGUCACAGAAUGGGACCGCCGCCUCCUCACGGCCCGCCGAACCACACCCCACCCAUCCGGCAUAACACCACCCACCUCCACCCUCAGCACCGUCGUAUGCUCACACAGCGCAUGCAGAACCGAGGAGGGUGAGGACGGGUUCUAAUGAAGACAGACAACAUUAGUUACCUGAUUGAACCUCCUCAUGAUUGUCUCUUCACCUCCAUGCAGGGACAGGAGUCGGACUGGAGGGGACAGGCGCAGCAGAGACCCCUACAGUAACCUGAUGACUCAGAAAGAGAAGGAGUGGGUCACUAAGAUCCAGAUGAUGCAGCUGCAAAGCACUGACCCAUAUCUGGAUGACUACUACUACCAGGUCGGUACUUUGAAAUAUUACAGAACCUGAAAAUUACAGAGAUUUGUGUCACGUGAUCUGAACAAGUCUCCCACUUUUAGAAAGAUUUGGUGUUUUUGCUGAACGUCAGCCCCUGGUAAUGACAAAACGAGGAGUUUAGGGUAGGACUGGACGUUUAUAUGAUUGUGAUUAAAUUCAGUAUGAUCACGGUGAUCAGCUGUGAGCAUAUUUACUCGAUCAAACAUGGCAGAAAUGUGCGUGACAACAACCAAUCAGGGUCAAGCUUUCUAAACAGAAUGACCGAAUGUGGAGCUGAGGACAGCAAAAAAGAUGUCAGCCGUGACUUUGAGUCAUCCUCUGAAGAUGCCAUUGUUGAGAAGAAAAGUUAUUCAACGUCGGUUGUUGUGGCGGUGGUUCGGGUAUUUCCAAAGUGACGUUGAGCAAUUAAGCCGAUGUGUAAGGUAUGUCGGCGGUCCAGAGUGUUUAUGCGGAAAGCAUGAAAUUAAGAGCGAAGUCUGCGCAGCCUGGCAUUAGCAGGUUAGACACAACUGGCGGUGCAGCCACCAAACCAAAGCAGCAGUCAAUCAUUCUACUACAUUUAUAUCACUUAAUGCUAACAUUUUAAGGUGUUAUAGGGUUGGGCGAUAUGGCCUCAAAUCAAUAUCACGAUGUAUUGAUCAGUUCACCUGGAUAACGAUAAAUGGAUGAUAACUACUCCACAAGCUGCUCACCCCCUCCCUUAUUAACCCAGUUUACUUCAGCCGCUCCAACUUUUGAACCGUCCUUCAUCUCCUCACCUGUCUUUCCCUCUUUAUUACGGACUGGAUGGGUUGGAGUCAGGUCUCUGACGUAGGACAGCGUCUUAAAGGGACAUGAGACCAUAGCCUACCUACACACAUCCAAAACCAACAUUUGUUUAUUUAUCUUUUUGACCCCAAAUAUACUGAUAUGGGCAAAAUGAUGUUGGUUAUUGUCGUAAAUUUCGGUAUCGGUAAAUUUUCAGUUUAUUGCCCAGCCCUACAUCAUCAUUAUCCCUGAGGGGGCCAUUUGUUUAUUUUGGGUCUUACAUACCUUUAAUAACACUAAGGACUCUAAACUAAUUCACUGUAUUAUUUAGUAUUUAUCUACUUUUCUUGUACUGUUGACUUGAAAUGUUUUUUUAAAUGUUUUUCUAAGUUUAUCUGAUUUAAUUUGCUUUGUUAUUUACUUUGUAUGUUAAUAAAAUGUUGAACUUAUCUCUAGUUUCUUUAGUUUUUAGUACAGAGGCUUUAAAACUGGCAGUUUAAAAAAUAAGAAAAUAUCAUGAUAAUAAUCAAGAUCAGACAAUAUGACAAAAUAUAUCAUAAUCAUUUUUUUUUUUUGCCAAAUUGCCCAGUCCUAGUUUAGUGUCUUUAUUUUUUUUUCAAAGCUAGCAGACAUCAGUUUGAGUUCAAAUGAGGAUCAGUGACGGUGUCGGUUCUUGUGUCCACUCCUGUAGAACUACUAUGAAAAGAUGGAGAAACGUCAAGAAAGAGAGAGAGACAGCAGCAAGAAGGAGCACACCACCAAACUGAUCACUCCACAGGUGGCCAAGGUCGAACACACCUACAGACCAGGUAAAGAACAGCUCAGGUUUACUAUUUAAUGGGACGUUUGUUUUGUUCAUGUGAUAAACACGGUUCUGGUUCUGGUUGUCAACAGUCCAGUUCGCGGGCUCUCUGGGGAAACUGACCGUCUCCAGUGUGAACAACCCCCGGAAGAUGAUUGACGCCGUGGUGACGACUCGCACAGACGAUGAGGUUUGUUCUCACGCUUGAUAGAAAUGAACAUUACCUAACAUUUCCUCCCAGAUGGAGAUGAGAUCAUGCGUUUAUUACAUCAGCUCUGAGGUGUAUUUGCCAUCGAUAUUGAUCUGAAGUUUGCUCUGAAGUCUCAUGUUUUUUUUUCUGCGUCUGUUUUUCUGUUUAUCUCCAGGAGAAACGAGAGAAGCAGGUCUGGAAUAAGAGGCGACAGAUCCUCUACACAGUGGAGAAGGUAAGAUAAGGAUGGUUUAAAGUUUCCCCUCUCAGGAUUUAAGGAAAUGACUUCUUUAAGCCCACCGUCUGUUCCUCUGUUCGUCUUCAGAUGUACAGUUUGCUGCUUGAGGUUCAAGACUUUGAGAAACGAUUCAUGCAGACGCCGGAGGAGGACCGGGAAGCUCUGCUGGAGCAGCACAAAACCAACACGGUGCAGCUGUGCAACUCUCUGCGGGAGAAGGAGUGGGACGACAGGUAGGAGGAGAGGAAACGAGAAAAACCUGAACAUGUGGAGAUGAUGGAGUUCGUCCAGCUCCUCUACAAACACUGAUUUCUGUCUGUCUUUAAAGAGUGAGCGAUGAGCAGUGCGUGAUGAUCAUGUCUGUGAGGAAGGGCAAGAGGCUCAUCUCCAGGCUCCUCCCCUUCCUGCCGUCACCCCAGGCUGCCGCCAUUGUCAUGGCGAUCGCCCGUAAUCUUCCUGCCCUGGCGAAGAAGGAUAAGCAGGACCAGGUAAGUGUUUCAGGUUUUUACGUCAAUUCAACAUCGUAGCAGGACAGAACAAAAACCUGAUAUUAUAAAAAAAAAUCCUGUUCAGGUCCUGUGCUGGUUGGUGGAGCCGGUUUCUGCUGUGAUCCAGUCUUUGUCGAGCUCCGCCCUCACAGACCUGCUCCAAGAGCUUCAGGGCAACGAGGGGCAGCUGGCCACAGUACUGCACAACAAGGUACGAACAAGACAGAAACUGAAACGCUCAAAUUUGUCUUUCUGUUUUUCUCAUAAUUUUUUUAUAUUUUUCUACUAUAUUUUUUCCUCUAUAUUAUAUGUAAUUUUUCCCCCAUAUUUUUUUUUUAUUUCUAUUUUUUUUUCUCUUUAUUUUUUUUUUCUGUAUUUUUUUUCUCCUUAUUUUUUCCCUCAUUGAGUUUCCCAUCAGGGAUUAAAUUGUUAUUCUUAUUCUUAGGUUAUUCUUAUUGUUGUCAGUCAGUAUUAUUUUUAUUAUUUUUUCAUGUUAUCUUGUGCUUUUGUACAUUAAAUUGUAAUAUUGUAAUAUAGAAAUGUUCAUAGAAUAACCCUGAAUAAAUAUUUUAGUUCUUGACUUUUAGAAAAAUGAAGAACAGGUUGAGUUGUGAAGCACUGAACACUCGCUCACCUUUGUUUGUGUGUGUUUUUGUCCAGUUUGGUGUGACACUGCUAUACCUGAUCCUGAGUGAAGGAGAGAGGAUGCAGAGCUCCGACCCCAACUGUCAACUCAUGGACGACAAUCGAUGGUGAGAGACUAAACACCGACUGUUUAUCUGAGGAUCAGAGCUGCUCGAGUCUCAGAGUUUCCUUUAAGUCAGGAUAUGGUCUGAACUUUUUAUAUGUUCAGUUUUAUAAAAAGUACAAAAAUACACUUUUAUUAUGAUAAUAAUAAUAAUAAUAAUUGUUAUUAUUGUUAUUAUAAUAAUAAUAAUUAUUAUUAUUAUUAUUAUUAUUAUUAUUGUUGUUGUUGUUGUUGUUGUUAUUACAAUAUUGCCAAAACAGAACAUCACAAUAAUAACAACAACAAUAGUAAGAAUGAUAAAAAUAUGAAACAUAAUAAACAUAAUAAUAUAAUAUGAAAAUGUAAUAAUAUCAAAUAUAAAAUCUCUCUCUCUCUCUCUCCACCUCCUCCAGGACUGAGUUGGUGUUUUCAGUGACAAGGGAGCUGCUCAGCAUCCCCACCUCCUCCCUCUCCCCUCCACUCUUCACCCCUCCUAACCUCCUCUCCCUCCUGUCCCGUUACGUCGAUCGGCAGAGGCUGGAGCUGCUGCAGGACAAGCUACAGUGAGUGACUCCAACCCCCUAACACACACACACACACACACACCUUAAAUAAAAAAUCUCUGUUGUCGUACUUGAUGUUAAAAAAUAAAAAUAAUAUAUUUUCUUUCUUUCUGUCUUCAGGAUUUCUGCUCUGUCCAGGUAG